GCUGCUGCUGGUUCAUGCAGCAGAGUACAGACGCCGAGGCUGACUGGAGGGUUUCACUUUGUUCUGUUUGAGCUGUUUCUUUAAGGUUCAGGACUCUGCACAGGAUUUCUUUCACCAGUCAUGAAGUAAACAAGAGGCUUGUUGCGCAUAGAGACGCAAAGGGGAUCCAGCAUCCAUGGAGUCCAAUCUGUCCUGCCUGUCUUCACUGAAAGAGGACGACUUUCUGCUUUACAUCCAGCCACAUUACAAAGAAACCUACCGCCUGGCCAUUUAUGCCCUCCUGUGCGGAGGCAAAGAGGCCUACGAGGAGUUCCUCCGAGCCGAGCAGAUCAGCCACUUUCUGUCAGAGCAGGAGAUCCUGUUCAUUUUGGAAAAUGCAGAGUUACCGGUUGUGGAGAAUGACGACGACUGCUCUGAGGGGAAACGGCCCACAAAUGAAGCCAGCCCCUCUACCUACUUCCCAACCGAGUCAGAUGAGGAGGUGCCGGACCUGGACCUGGGCUGGCCGGAGGUCUCGCUGGAGAGCGUGGACACCAGCAUCAGCCUGCUGUUCCAUCCCCCCAGACAGAACACACCGACCAUUAAAGAAGUGAUUCGUAAACAGAUACAGGAGGCGAGGCAGGUUAUUGCCAUAGCGAUGGACGUGUUCACUGACGUCGAUAUUUUCAAAGAGAUCAUCGCUGCAACGCUGAGAGGAGUGAUUGUCUACAUCCUCCUGGAUCAUUCCCAGUUCAAGGGCUUCCUCACCAUGUCACGCAGAGUGGGCGUCAACAUCCAAGACUUUAAGAACCUACGCGUUCGGGCGGUUCAGGGUCAGCAGUAUCAGUGUCAGUCUGGAGUGAAGUUCCAUGGAGAUCUGGAGCAAAGAUUCAUCCUGGUGGACUGCCAAACAGUGUUGUAUGGGACAUACAGCUACACGUGGUCGUUUGAGAAGAUCAACCUCAGCAUGGUUCUGGUGAUCACAGGUCAGCUGGUUGCCUCUUAUGACGAGGAGUUUCGGAGACUGUACGCUCGCUCCACAGUUCCUGCAGUUCUGUCUCAGGAGAAGUCAUCUGUCCAGUACCUACGAGACACUGUGGCCCUGCACAGCCCAAACUCCAGCCAGCUCUCCCUGCACCAAAUUCACAUGAGACCCAAAGUGAUGCAUGGCAUGAGGAGUUCUCAGGAUGACAGGCUGAACAGUGCCGCCCUGAUGACGAGGGGCCUGAGCAUGCAGGAGAGGCUUCAUCAAUCUCACUGUCUUGACAUGGGGAAUCUGGUGCGGGGACACAGCUACGGCGGAGAACUGCAGAAGUUGAACUCCAUGACUCGGCUGAGGAUGGGAACCAAGGACAUUGGAGUCCCCUCUGCCGAGAAGACUGGACUUAACAUGAGAGGGGGCGGCGACAUGCUGCUGACAAACAGGUUGUCUCAGCAGCACCUUCGACACCGGCUUCGCUAUGGAGCGGACCAGAACCUCAUACCAUUCAACUCUGAAACAUCCCUUCACAGAUGGAAGAUGGAUGCAUACUUUAAUGACAGCAACGCUCCUUUAGAUGCAUCAUGUGAGGCAAUUUCCCCUGUGGCAUCUCCAUAUAGUAGUCACACAGGCUUAAAUGAGCAUCAGUCAAAGCUGAUUCACAGCAGGUCGAGGGACAUUAAGUCCAGGAUGGAGGAAAUGAGGCAGAAGAGGCUCAGUCUGCAGGAAUACACCAAUCUCAGGCAGAGCCAAGAGUCCCUGAGGUCUAUGUUUCAGACUCUGGACAGACCGAAAUUUAUGUCUCCAUUAAGAGGUCCUGACAUGAGGCAGAAUGUGACAGAAUUAGAGCCAAAAGUGCAAAACGGUUUCAGCCUGGAACCGACCAACCACAAAGACAGUGAGACAAAUACAGAAGGUGACAAAAGACAGCAAACUUUCACUGACGGUCAGCGCUCUACCUCUCACUACAAUGUCACAAUGGCUCCGGAUCGAAAGACGGCACAGACGUAUGACUGGCACGAGCCUCUUUCCAGGACAACCUCAGCUGCUGAUUUAGAUAUGAAACUCAAUGAUCCGUCGCUCAAGCUGGCUCAUUUGCAGCCCAGCGGUCUCCAACAUCCAAGAGCGAUGGAGUCUCUGACUAAGAUCCCUGAAGAGAGAGAGGGUUCACGUGUCAACAGUUCCGACUCAGCUGCAUUCAAAGAGGCAAAUGAGGAUAUUCAAAAAGACGAGAAACCUGUUCCAAAGGAGAACACUGUGAAACCCAACUUACCUGAAGAGUCACAGUGCCAGGAUCAAACCAAAGGAAGCCCUGGUUCUGUGGGUAAGGUGACCAACAGUUCAGACUCUGCUGCUCCAAAAGAAAGAAAGAAGUCAACAUCCAGUGAGGCCCAAACUGCUCCAAAGGUCUUAAACACUUCUGCAGGAUCUCAUCAUGCAGGGGAAGCUAAGAGUAGCCACACAGACAAAAAGCAAACACAGCACGAGGAACCACCCCUUCAAAGGAAGAAUUCUUUGAGGAAGAAGGUAUAUUCGAUGCUUACGCCAGACGAAAAGAAAGCAUCCAAAAAGGAGGAGAAGUCACUCCACAGAAAGGGGUCAAUGAGGUCGCAUGGUCAAAACCAACCAGUCAAAGCAGACCAUUCACAGGCAGCUGCGGUAGAGCAAACAACAAAGAAAAGUCAAUCACUGAGCACGUCCAGGUCGCAGGGCUCUCUCGGUAGUCAAACAGAGACGGAAAAGCACAAGUCUCCAUUCCCGAGAUUAUCUCCUCAUCGUUCAAGCAAAAAAAAGACAAACCCUGCAGGAGAGCAGGACAAAGGCUCGAGGAGCACUCUGGAUGACGAGGGAUUGAUUGCCUAUCAAACCAGGAGAGAGAAAGCCUACAGUCGAUUAGAAUAUUUGCUCAGCACUGACAGCAUUCCUCUGGAUAAAUCGAUGAAGGUGCCGAGCAUGUAUCCUCCAGAGAAAAGCUCUUCCCUGAACAGGAAUGACUCUGGCUAUCCAACGUAUAACACACAAAGUGGCACUGACAAUAAACUGGGGAGAUUCAUGCAGCGAGUAGGAAAUCUUAUAGGUAAAAACAAGUAGAGCUGCAGGAAGAGAAGAAGAGCGCCAUGCUCAGGGAAUGAAGACUAAGUCAGCGCGAAGUCAUUUUAUUGUUGUGUGAUUUAUUUAGGUUCCAACACAGAGACAAAGAUACUGUGCAUGCAGUAUGAUACAUUUUUCCAUCAAUGAGAUAAUGUGGCUCUUAUCAGGGAAGAUAUUUACCACUGAUCACUAAACACAAGAUGUGAUUUAUCAGGUGUCUGCUACUAAAUCAGUGUCUAUGUAUGACCCUGAUUGGGAUGUUGCAGGGAAGCAGGGUUCGUGUGGUAAUACCGUUAAGUCAAGGUGUUUACGGAUGAAGUAAUAGCAGGGUGAAUAUGACAGUAGCGCUUGCAGAUGAGUUGAGUUGUAAAAAUGGUUGUGAGAAUACAUCUUUCCAUAUAUUGAAAGUGUUUACUCAUUUUGGAAGUUCUCUGAAAGGAUAAAUCUGGUGAGAUUUUAUACUUUGCCAUGAAAAUACCAAAACCAACAAUGAAUGUAUCUACCAACAAGCAGUGUGUGAGUACCAAAGCCUGACAUAUCCUCCCGAGACCCUGUGUCCCUAUAUGAGGACAUCACAUUUUGGGUUUACUUGAUCUUAUGCUUCAUUCUACUUUACUCAGACCUGUUGUCCUUGAUCUUGGACACUUUUUGUGCCAUCUAGUGGCAGUAGGACCACAAUACACUUAUCCAUGUACAUUUAUGGUUGAAACUUGUGUAUUUAUGAUUAAUAAUGUUUGUAGUUGGAUAUGGCAACAAUUAAGUGUUUGUUUGAGGACAUUGGGACUUCAUUAUCGUUGACAAUGUUUAGGUUUUUAUACCUAGCGGGUCCUACUGAUCCCAAAUAGCUAGGAGAAAUUAAAAGUGCAUACUAAACAAAUGUUCAGGUCUCAGGAGGAUAUCUUCAGACCUGCCAACCUAUUGGGACAACAAUGUACACUAGAACGAUUUAUCACUCUAAAGUACGCAAAAAGCUGAUGAGGCUGACCAGUUGUGUAGUAUUCGUGUCUAACAGCAAGAGGUAGCAGAAAUACACUAAUGAGCAUUUAGUGUGCUGAAAAGCAAAAGAAUAAGAGCUCAACCAGUUUUAUCACCUUGCUUUCAACCACUACGAAAAAGUAUGUGAUGAUUGGCAUAUGCGUCAUGUAAUUUCAAAAGACAUUAGCUAAGAGCCACAAAUCAAUAGCAACAAUCUUGACCUUGAUUAUUAUCUCUCCCUUUUUCCCCUUCCUCACUGCAGCUGGAUGGUUCCCAAGUGAGGACUAUUUUGUGAACUGCUAUACAAAAGUAAACAGUGUGAAGGCUAUGUGUAGAGUUGAGAUUGCGAUUUGAGGUAACGUUUGCCUAAUGUUACAUAGCUAGGUAUUUGUAAGUUAGCUUGCUCGUUCAUCAGUCAUUUAAGUUGGCAAAGUACGUUAUAUUGUACCUAUGUCGCAGAUGGUUAAAUGUGACUUUUCAUAGUAUCAGUAAUAUUAAUUAUAGCAGCCAAACACAUAAAGAGAGGAGCAGAUCAUGGCACCCCCAUGAAGAAAGAAAGUGCAUCCACUGCAGAAACUCCUGGAUAGUUAGUGAAAGAGUUGGCCAUAGUUGGCCACAGUCAGCAAUACCAUUGACAUCUAUCAUCAAGGAUCAGCAGGUAAUUAUUGAACACUGAAUGAUAUGUUGAUGUAUUGGCAUGUGUUGUGAAUUUAAAGAGAUAAAAUAACAACAAAAAUGUCAAUAUCAGCUACAUAUUGAGCUACUCCACCCCGCUCUACUGAGGAUUUCUGCCAUGCAGGAUAUACUGUGUUAUGCACACGUGUAUAUGAGCUGAAUGUUUUCAGCAUAAGGUGGUACUCCAAGACUUUCUUCAAAGUUGGCAGGUCUGUAUCUUGUUCUUCUGUGCCACAGAGCUCCAUUGGGUUACAUGUUCCUUCAUCGCUAUGAACACUCUGUAGAUUAUUUUGACUCAGUCCCACAUACACCGUCCUGCUGCCACAAAUACUCACCAGAGCAACAAAUGUGGAUUUAUCUGCCGAUGUAAAUAGUCCCCAGCAAAAUGCACUAUUUCCUCCUGUUUGAGUAACUUUUCUUAAGCACUACCCAGGUAGCCAAAAUGACCCGUCCCAGAACUGUCCUGAACUCGGCAUGCUGGAUGAAAUUAGUUGGACCAUUUCCAGUUGCCCUACUUGGCUUAGACACGGCAUUAAUGACCCCCCCAGAAUCAGCUGCCGACAUUGCCAUUACUGGGUACUGUUACCAGCUGUUGAGUAUGUAUUUUUUACCUGUUUUAGGAACCAAUGGGCUUGUGGAGCUUUGAGAGCCACUGCCAAGGCAAGGCAGUCAGAAAGUAUUAAUGUCAUUGUUGGUUUUUGUCUUUUUCAUGGAAUUAGUUAACCAUAAAAAAUAUAAUUUCGCCAACCUUAUCCUUUAUUGUGCGUUUGUUUUGUCUAAUAUGUAAAAUACAUUUUUACUAAAAUGGCUUGAUGUUGUACAUUUCCCCCUCUGUAUUGUCUUUUAAUGAUUUUGACAUUCACGGCUCAGCUGUCCUCGUGCACCUGCAAGAUAUACAUGUUUAAAGCAUAAUACAACCACGCUGACUAAAGGGAAAUGUAGCCUUGAACCAAAGAGUUCAGUGCAAGUAAUGAGGUGUCUCUUGUAACUCUUUAAUGUCUUCACAGACAUCACUGUCAACAGGAUUCACUGGAUGUACUUUCUCAUGAAGAAAUACUUCCUUUGAAAACCCUUCACAGUGAAGUUAGUUGAUUGGCUUCUGGAAAGAGGUGCUGAUCUGCAGUUGAAUAUUUAAAUGUAAUUUUUCAAUGCACAUAGCACUAGCAUUCAUCUUCAUUGUAUCAGUGUGUAUCGAGUAUCAAGUAAAAAAAACAGAAAACUUUUUUUGAGAGAGUCAAAUUUUGUUCUUGAACUUGGGAACAGCAGUUUUGAAAAAAACAAUCACACCUCAAGGUCUGUUUAGUAGCUACUCUAAAGCUUUCAAUCAAAUCACAUGAUGUAAUUUAAUAUUUUUGGAGGACUUAAAGGGCUUCUUGUCCAUGGCCUUGAGGUGCUAAGAAUGUUAAAAAAAAAAAAAACACACAGAAUUCCAUGACAACUGGGCAAACUAUAUCUGCCCAGAGAGAUCAUGAUUGAAAGCUCUAGAACAGCAACUAAUCAUACUUUGAGGGGACAUCGUUUCCAAAUGUUUUGUUUGUUUGUUGUGUUUUAAAUUGGGUGAACUGACUUUUUCUGUCAUUCUCUGAUGUGAGUAGUCCUAUGUGAAAAUGUAGAUUAUACCUACAAGUUUUUACAUCUGAAAUACACACUGUAAAUAAAAAGCAUAAAAUUUGUGAAAACUAUG